CCUCUACAACCACCAUCUGCACAACAUCCACAACCAACAUCUAUACAACGUCCACAGCCAACAUCUAUACAACGUCCACAGCCAACAUCUGCACAACGUCCACAACCAACAUCUGCACAACAUCUGCACAACAUCCACAACCAACAUCUAUACAACGUCCACAGCCAAUAUCUAUACAACGUCCACAGCCAACAUCUGCACAACGUCCACAGCCAACAUCUGCACAACAUCCACAACCAACAUCUGCACAACGUCCACAACCAACAUCUGCACAACAUCUGCACAACAUCCACAACCAACAUCUGCACAACAUCCACAACCAACAUCUGCACAACAUCCACAACCAACAUCUGCACAACGUCCACAACCAACAUCUGCACAACAUCCACAACCAACAUCUGCACAACAUCCACAACCACAUCUGCACAACGUCCACAACCAACAUCUGCACAACAUCCACAACCACUAUCUGCACAACAUCCACAACCAACAUCUGCACAACGUCCACAACCAACAUCUGCACAACAUCUGCACAACAUCCACAACCAACAUCUGCACAACAUCCACAACCAACAUCUGCACAACAUCCACAACCAACAUCUGCACAACGUCCACAACCAACAUCUGCACAACAUCCACAACCAACAUCUGCACAACAUCCACAACCAACAUCUGCACAACGUCCACAACCAACAUCUGCACAACAUCCACAACCAACAUCUGCACAACGUCCACAACCAACAUCUGCACAACGUCCACAACCACUAUCUGCACAACAUCCACAACCAACAUCUGCACAACGUCCACAACCAACAUCUGCACAACAUCUGCACAACAUCCACAACCAACAUCUGCACAACGUCCACAACCAACAUCUGCACAACAUCCACAACCAACAUCUGCACAACAUCCACAACCAACAUCUGCACAACGUCCACAACCAACAUCUGCACAACAUCCACAACCAACAUCUGCACAACGUCCACAACCAACAUCUGCACAACGUCCACAACCAACAUCUGCACAACAUCCACAACCAACAUCUGCACAACGUCCACAACCAACAUCUGCACAACAUCCACAACCACUAUCUGCACAACAUCCACAACCAACAUCUGCACAACAUCCACAAUCACUAUCUGCACAACAUCCACAACCAACAUCUGCACAACAUCCACAACCAACAUCUACACAACGUCGUCAACCAUCACCUCUACAAUCACAGUCGUUUAGGUACACCAUCGUUUAA